AAAUGCUCUUUAGCCAAACUUGAACCAGGCUUCUUUCCUACAAGCUCCUAACUCUGCUUGCCCCUAAGCCUGGGCAAGCAUCAAAAAAAGUCGAAAUUCCCCCCCUCCCGACGGACCCUGCUUCUCAGCUUCUCCUGGGAAUAGGCGGACCACAGUGGGACAAUUUCCUGGCAGACCCCACUGGCCAUUCCCCCUUGUUUGUGCAGCUUCCUUUCCACAGAUUCUGCUUAUCUCUGCCUGCCUCCCUACCCUGUACAAGAAAAGCCUUUUUCUGUUUGGUUUCAAGAUGCUCUCAGGUUUCUGAGCUGGGAGCAUUCUCCCUUUUGCAAUAGCCUGUCUUUCUAAUUAAAGUCUCUGAUUUUAUUUGACACAGAAAAAAGCGUGACACAGGCUUCUUGUUCAAGCUUGAUCUUGAUUUCAUACCAUAUACCACAGUAAAUUCCAAUUAGAUUAAAGUAGAAAAAAAACUAAAGCAAUAACAACACUGAAAUAAAUGUUAAGAUUAUCUUUCUAUCUGGAAUAGGGAAGGGAAACUAGGCAAGAUGGGAUAUACAAAAGCCAUAAAAAGAAAGUUUAGACAUAUCUGAUCAGAGGCUACAUUUCACUAGUUACAUAUUACACAUAAAAUUUUUCUUUCUUUUUUUUUUUUUUUUGAGAUGAAGUCUUGCUCUAUCACCCAGGCUGGAGUGCAGUGGUGUGAGUUCAGCUCACUGCAACCUCCACUUCCCAAGUUCAAGCGAUUCUCCUGCCUCAACCUCCCAAGUAGCUGGGAUUACAAGCAACCACCACUAUACCUGGCUUUUUUUUUUUUUUUUUUUGUAGAGAUACCACACCCAGCUACUUAUUCUUUAUUAUUAUUUUUUUAUUUUUAGUAGAGAUGGGGUUUCACCAUUUUGGUCAGGCUGGUCUCGAACUCCAGGCCUCAGGUGACCAACAGCCUCAGCCUCCCGAAGUGCUGGGAUUACUGUGCCCAGCCCACAUAAAAUUUUUCUAAUUGCACAUUUAAAAAAACAUAAAAUGCAAAAGACAAAAGGAGUUUGGGGGAAAAUACUGCAAUGUAACUGACAGAUGGUCAAUAGCCUUAAUGGACAAAGAUGUUAAUAUCUCUAAUGUAAUAUCCCUAAUGUACAGUGUAACUGACAGACUGUUAAUAUCCCUAGUGUACAAUGUAAUUUGUACACUGUUUACAAAUUGAUAAGAAAAGGACAAAUCACCCCAGAGAAAACUGGACAAAGGAUAUGAACAUCUGCAAAAGAGAAAAGCCAAAUGGCCAACAGACCAAAACAAUCCUCAAUUGCACAAGUAGUCAGAAAAAUACAAAAUUAAAGACAGCAUCAACAUCCAGCGCUGGAGGGGAUUUGCCUUAAUGAACUUAAUGAUUUUGCUGGUAGGACUAGGAAACUUUAUAUAAUCUUUUGGGGGAAGGAAUUUGACUAUAUCUAUUCAGUAAUGAAACACCGUUACCUGCAGUUAAUAAAACUUCAAAACAUAGGAAGCAAAAAAAUUGAAUAGCACAAGGAAAAAUUUGACAAUACAGUCUCUCUUUCUCUCCUCUCUCUCUUUCUCCCCCCCCCCCCAUUACCCCCAGUUGACAAGCUAAAGGGAAUUAUCAGGAAACACACAUUUUAAAAGGCCCAACACACAAGCUUGAACCGAUAGAGCCGUAGAGUACGAUAAACCCAACAACUAGAAGAUACAGUGUUUUCAAUCAAGACACAAAACCAUUUUUGAAAGCUGGCCUCGUACUUGAGCCUUAAGGCAAGUUUCAUCAAAUUUCAAGCUCAACAUUCUUGGGCCACAAGGCAAAUGGGCUUAGAAAUCACUAACACAGGGAUUAACUUCUUGUUCGUUUGCGGAAACGCAAAACGGUGUUAAGACCUGUAACAUUUUCUGCAGUCCCUCUAAAUUCCUUCUUUGACUAAUCGAUUCCUAGAACAGGACGCGAUGGACCAAGCUGGGUCAACCUGCCGACAGCUCCGUUGGGCAGCAUGUCCACCCCUGAUGACCAAAGCCCACCAAACGUGCAGCUGGCACUCGGCCGCCUUUGUUUCCUUCCCCUAGAAUGAAACUCCGCUGCUUUCCCACAUUCCUGGAGCAACCGGAAUAAAGCGCCCAAGGCCUUGCCCUUUGAGUCUCAGAGGAUGUUUGCCACUCCGACAAUGGACUUUUAAAUAACUCAGGCGGGGGAGGGGGGAGGGAUUGCAUUGGGAGUGAUACCUGAUGUAAAUGACGAGUUGAUGGGUGCAGCACACCAACAUGGCACAAGUAUACAUAUGUAACAAACCUGCACGUUAUGCACAUGUACCCUAGAACUUAAAGUAUAAUAAUAAUAAAAAAUAAAAAUAAAAAAAUAAAUAACUCAGGGGUCAAAAGGCGUGUGUAGGGGGAGAGUUACAAAUCAACACUUGAAACCGAACACGAACAAAAAUCAAAUCCGAACUAAUACAACAAAUCAAAACUUGGAUUUUUAGAAGAAAACUUCAACUUUAAUGCUUCCAGGAGGAAAGCAAAAAGGCUAAUGACUGAAUUGUGAAAACGAGCCAAAAUACUCCACCCCUGAUGUCACACACACCUAUGACUCCCUGCACAGAUCCACGGUCCCGGGCGCUGAAUCCCCGCAACCCUCCGCGCCCACAGAGGUUAAACUCUCGCUGCCGGCGACUUCCGCUUCCUGGCCUAAAUCUGACACGCACGACUCCCCCUGCGGCAACUGCACAGGUUCGGUGACAGCCGAGACGCCGGGCGUUUCCCGCAGCCGGCCUGGGCCCAGGUCGGAGCUGUAGCCAGCAGGGCCGCCAGGUGGGCUCGGGACGGGGCGGGUGCGGGGUCCCGGCCGCGGCGGGAGAGGGGUCGCCGCGUCCCACAGAGCAGUGCGGCGUCGGGGGCGGGGGCGGGGGCGGGGCCGGGUGCGUCUCGGGACCUGCUCCUGGGGGUGGGGGCUGGGCGCUAUUUAAAGAGGCGGAGGCUCCCCGGUGGGGACGGCCUGAGGCCGAGUGCACCCUGAGGGCGGAAGAGGUAAGGCGCCCCGAAGGCGACUGACUCCUAGAGGCUGCGGCGGAGGGGAGAAGCCUGGUGGUACAUUCCAUGGCCCAGUGCCUCGGCCACUGGAAAAUCCCACAGGGGUAUAUCGAGUAGAGUACCGUGGGCUCCGCUGCAGAAGUGAUCACCCUUCCAAGAUGGCGGCUCCCGUAGAGACACUCCCAAGGGGACAGCCAUGUUCCUUGCCUGACAGUCGCUGCAGGAAAUUGGAAAGCCCGCCUCUCCUUCGACGCACACGCGCACGCACGCACGCACGCACCGGCGCGGUGUAAGGGCACCAGGUGUAAUUGUGGGCGAGCGGCCGCUUCGGAGCUGACACUAAGCAUGUGCAGAUCAAGUCCAGAAGCGCCGGGGUCCCUCGAAGCAGUUUUCAGGACUUAAGGCUCUGGGAGCUUCAGUGUCAUUUGAGGAUGUGACUGUGGACUUCAGCAGGGAGGAGUGGCAGCACUUGGAUCCUGCCCAGAGACGCCUGUACUGGGAUGUGACACUAGAGAACUACAGCCACCUGCUCUCAGUGGGGUACCAAGUUCCCAAGUCAGAGGCCGCCUUCAAGUUGGAGCAAGGAGAGGGGCCAUGGACGCUGGCGGGGGAAGCCCCACAUCAGAGCUGUUCAGGUGAGGCUAUUGAGAAAAUGCAGCAACAGGGAAUUCCUGGAGAAAUUUUCUUCCACUGUGAGAGAUUUGAUCAACCCAUAGGAGAAGAUUCAUUGUGUUCUAUUUUAGAAGCACUGUGGCAAGAUAAUGACCAGUUAGAGCGAUGUCAGGAAAACCAGAAUAACCUUUUAAGUCAUGUGAAAGUAUUGAUUAAGGAGAGGGGCUAUGAACGUAAAAACAUUGAAAAAAUAAUUCAUGUGACUACCAAGUUUGUUCCUUCAAUUAAAAGACUCCGUAACUGUGACACAAUUUUGAAGCAUACUUUAAACUUACAUAAUCAUAGUAGAAACAGUGCAACAAAGAACCUUGGCAAGAUUUUUGGAAAUGGUAACAAUUUCCCCCAUAGCCCUUCCUCUACUAAGAUUGAGAAUGCUAAGACAGGAGCAAAUUCCUGUGAACAUGAUCACUAUGAAAAACAUCUCAGCCACAAACAAGCUCUCACCCACCAUCAGAAAAUUCAUCCUGAGGAGAAGCUUUAUGUGUGUACUGAAUGUGUAACAGGCUUCACUCAGAAGUCACAUCUGUUUGAGCAUCAGAGAAUUCAUGCUGGAGAAAAGUCCCGUGAAUGUGACAAGAGCAACAAAGUCUUCCCCCAGAAACCCCAGGUUGAUGCACAUCUGAGUGUUUAUACAGCAGAAAAACCCUAUCUGUGUACUCAAUGUGGAAAAGUCUUUACCUUCAAAUCAAGCCUCGUUACACAUCAAAAAAUUCAUACCGGCCAGAAACCCUACAAAUGCAGUGAAUGUGGAAAAGCCUUUAUCCAGAGAUCAGACCUCUUUAGACAUCUGAGAAUUCAUACAGGAGAAAAACCUUAUGAAUGCAGUGAAUGUGGAAAAGGCUUCUCCCAGAACUCAGACCUCAGUAUACAUCAGAAAACUCAUACCGGAGAGAAACACUAUGAAUGCAAUGAAUGUGGGAAGGCUUUCACAAGAAAAUCAGCACUCAGGAUGCAUCAGAGAAUCCACACAGGAGAGAAACCUUAUGUAUGCGCUGACUGCGGGAAGGCCUUCAUCCAGAAAUCACAUUUCAACACACAUCAGAGAAUUCACACUGGAGAAAAGCCAUAUGAAUGCAGCGACUGCAGGAAAUCCUUCACUAAGAAGUCACAACUCCAUGUGCAUCAAAGAAUUCACACCGGAGAGAAACCCUAUAUAUGUACAGAAUGUGGAAAGGUCUUCACUCACAGGACAAACCUCACCACACAUCAGAAAACUCAUACUGGGGAGAAACCCUAUAUGUGUGCUGAAUGUGGAAAGGCUUUUACUGACCAGUCAAAUCUCAUUAAACACCAGAAAACUCACACUGGAGAGAAACCCUAUAAGUGCAAUGGCUGUGGAAAAGCCUUCAUAUGGAAGUCACGCCUCAAAAUACAUCAGAAAUCUCAUAUUGGAGAGAGACACUAUGAAUGCAAGGACUGCGGGAAAGCCUUUAUCCAGAAAUCAACACUAAGUGUGCAUCAGAGAAUCCAUACAGGAGAGAAACCCUACGUUUGUCCUGAAUGCGGGAAGGCCUUUAUCCAGAAAUCACACUUCAUUGCGCAUCAUAGAAUCCAUACUGGAGAGAAGCCUUAUGAAUGCAGCGACUGUGGGAAAUGCUUCACUAAGAAGUCACAACUCCGUGUGCAUCAGAAAAUCCACACAGGUGAGAAGCCCAAUAUAUGUGCUGAGUGUGGGAAGGCCUUCACUGACCGAUCAAAUCUCAUAACGCAUCAGAAAAUCCACACUAGGGAGAAACCCUAUAAAUGUGGUGACUGCGGGAAAACCUUCACCUGGAAGUCACGCCUCAAUAUACAUCAGAAGUCUCAUACUGGAGAAAGACACUAUGAAUGUAGUAAAUGUGGGAAAGCUUUCAUCCAGAAAGCCACACUAAGUAUGCAUCAGAUAAUUCACACAGGAAAGAAACCUUAUGCUUGUACAGAAUGUCAGAAGGCCUUUACCGACAGAUCGAAUCUCAUUAAACACCAGAAAACGCAUAGUGGAGAAAAACGCUAUAAAGCCAGUGACUGAGAAAAUCUUCACCUGGAAAUCACAACUGGGUAUGCAUCAGGUAUCUAAUAGUAGGGACGAGGAAGGCCUGAUGCUGCAAUUGUUGUGCAGGGGGAAAUGGAUUUGAGAGACUGAGGCUUGAGUGAACUGAGGGCAAACAGAGCCAAGUAUCCUUCAGUCCACUGGAAAGACAAGUUCCUGCAUCACCACAGUGUAUAUGCAAUUCAACGCAUAGGAAGAGCCUUUAGAGAAAGCAUUUGAGCGAUAGUCAUGUUUGGUGACAUGAUUCAUACAGACCUCUUGAGCUUCUGGAAAUAGUAGAAUUAAGACCCGAGGAGAUGACUUGUCAUCUCCCAUGCUUCACUUUUUGGAUAAAGAACUUUUUAAAUUCAGUACUGAUUAGUUCAGCAUAUCCGGGGACAUAAAAGUACUCGCUACUGGGAAACACUUUUUCAAAUUUCUAGGUUGGGGAGAAGAGUUUUCAUUGUCCAAACACUGGCAGGGCACUGACAUCAAGGCAGGAAAUCUACUUGGGAAUGCAGAUAUCUGUUUUUGUGAUCAUUGGCACUUCAGUCACAGAAAAGAUUCCCAUGAAAAACUGUUUUUUCCCUUCCCUUGGGAAGUCCUCAUGGUAUAUGUAUUUUAAGUGCAACAGAAUUUUUAAAUUUAAAGGUAUAACUUUAUGAAUUGGGAAAUUAGGCCUAGCUCUAGCCUGUGUUACAGAAACAUAGUCAUUGAAUGAUACAGACAUAUAAAGGUAGUAGUUGUCUCAUUAUUAAUCCCCUGCUGGGAGAGCAGGUGAGUCAUACCCUAUAAGAGGUAUGCAUGCCUUCUAACCUGUUUCCCCAAAGCUGUCAUUUGCAUAAGCUGCAGGCCAUAGAUUCCUUAUCCCCUCAGUAACUGACCCUACAACAAUGGAACUGAUCCACAGCGCUCUAGAUUUUCAGGCUCACCCACCAACACCCCUGCUUUCCUUGGGAUUCCUGUUUGAAAAAGAAUGGUUGAAAAAUUAGGUUUCACUUCCUAAUAUUUUGUUUUUCUUCCUAUUUGGUUAAGGUAUAUUCAUUUCAUUUCCUACAUGCACAUUAAGGGUAGUUUUGUAUAGACUGCUAUGGGAUAAAGUCAUGUUGCAUUGCAAUUAGUUAUUCUAAAACAUAAUUACAGUUUAUCAUAGUUGAAUAACUGGAAGACUUCUCAAGAAAGAUCACUGCUCUUUUUUAACACUGAUAUAUAGACACUUUCUCAUUUUCCCUUAAACUUUUUUUUACAACACUCAUAAAAAGGAACUUUCUUUCUAGCAUGCAAUUGUGUUUUUAUUUUAUUUUAAAAUAUUUUUAUUAAACUGUAUAUAGAAAAUGCAUAUAUCAUAAACAUACAGCUCAAUGCAUUCUCAAAAAUGAACAUACUCAGGUCAAGAAACAGAACAUGACCACACCCCAGAAGCCUUCCCCACUUUCCCUUCCGGGCAAGCCCCCAAGGGUACACACUACCUUGGCUUCUCACAGCAUAGAUUCAUUUUGCCUGUUUUGUAUUUUAUAUAAAUUGAGCCAAACAAUUAUAUAUCAUAUAAUUGAGCAAUAUACUCUUUGGCAUCUGUCUUCUGUCAUUCACGUUAUGUAUGUGAGAGUCAUCCAUAUGUUGCAUAUAUUGUAGAUAAUUCAUUCUCAUUGUCAUGUUGUAUCCCAUUCUGUGAAUAUGCUGCAAUAUAAUUUAUCCAUUCUACUGUUUGUAGACAUUUGGGUUGUUUGCAGCUUGGGCUAUUAGGAAUUGUGCUGCUGUGUAUUGGUGAACAUAUGUGUGUAUUCCUGUUAGGUAUGUACCUAAGUGUAUCCAUAUGUUCAGCUAUAUGUUAUAAAACCAGUUUUCAAGUGGUUGUACCAAUGUACACUCCCAGCAACACAGUAUGUGAGUUCUAGUGCUCCACAUACUUGCCAACAUUUGGCAUUUUCCAUCUUUUUUACUAUAGCUAUUAGUGGUGGGCAUAUAGUGAUAUGUCAGUUUUCGUUUUUCGGUUUUUUUUUUUUCUUGUCCUCCAAACAGAUUUUCGUUUUUAUUUUCUUGUCCUCCAAACCAUUGUAGUAUCUCCCCAGGUUAGAUGAGUGAUGGCUGAGACCUGAGACCUAGGCCUGUUCCUCACAUGACUGUACCAUUUUACAUUCUAUCAAUGUAUGAGGGUUCCGGUUUCUUCACAUCCUUACCAACUCUUAUUAUUAUCAGUCUUUUUUAUUAUAGCUAUCCUAGUACAUGUGAAGUGAUAUUGUGAUAUUAAUUUACAUUGCCCUAAUGAUUAAUAAUAUUGAUCAUGUUUUAUUGAAAAUCUUUGAUGAAGUGUCUGUUCAAA